GAGGAGCUCUAAAAUACCUUAUUUCCUGCACUGUUUCUGCUCUUCUCCAACUGCACACGGUGAACAAUGUACUUGGUUAUCAGACCGGUAAAAAUCGUGGAGUUUGAGCACAAGUGGACUUGGUAAUAGAGUUGAGAGCUGGGAGAUGAAAGAAAUAAUAAUGAACCAAGAAAAACUUGCCAAACUUCAGGCACAAGUCCGUAUUGGCGGCAAGGGCACCGCUCGCAGAAAGAAGAAGGUCGUGCACAGAACCGCAACAGCAGAUGACAAGAAACUUCAGUUCUCCCUAAAGAAACUAGGCGUCAACAACAUCUCUGGUAUCGAAGAGGUGAACAUGUUUACGAACCAGGGGACAGUGAUCCACUUCAACAACCCCAAAGUGCAGGCCUCCCUGGCAGCCAACACCUUCACCAUCACUGGCCACGCCGAGACCAAGCAGCUGACAGAGAUGCUGCCCAGCAUCCUCAACCAGCUGGGAGCAGACAGCCUGACAAGCCUCCGGAGACUGGCUGAGGCUCUACCCAAACAGGCUGGAGAUGGAAAAGCACCAAUUGCCCCCAUAGAGGAAGAGGAUGAUGAUGUUCCAGAUCUGGUGGAGAAUUUCGAUGAGGCUUCCAAGGAUGAGGCAAACUAAAGAAGAAAAAAAAACAGACCUUCAGGAGUCUCAACAGGACUGGGUUGGAUAGGGGCACUAGGAGUUAUUUUUUGUUUGUAUUUUUAUUUCUGAAAUGCUAUUUUGUGCACUGUGGUGUCUGUGUCCAGUUUGAGUCCGUGAGAGAUUGUACGGGUUGUCUGAGGUUCGUGCUCUUCAUAUUCUCUUCAGCUGUUUCUUCCAUGUUACUGAACCUGAUUUCUUUGCAGUCUGGCUGAAACCAUAUCUGGAAUAAACAUUUGCUAUUGUCAAUUUA